AUGAAGGAAUUAGCAGAUAUAACUGCUCCAGGAACUGUCCAUUUGGAUAUUCAUAUAGCUGGUAUUUCAACAAUUAUUCCAGCAUUUGUAACAACAAACUUAUGUACAGAUCUUAUGUUAGGAAUGGGUUAUCUUUUAAAAUAUGAUAUUGAAAUUAAAGCAAAAAAAAUUCUUAUAUUUCAUGCUAAUGAUCAUACAAUUAUGAUACCUAUGGAUACAACAAUAUCAUCUGCUGACAUUCCUGUAACAUUAUCAAAUUCUCUGAAAACAACACCAGAUAAACAAUUAAAUACAAUCACUACACCAUCUUCAUUUAUUACCACUCAACAAGUUAUUUCAAAUUUACUACAUCAUAAAAAUGAUCAAUUUCAACGUGACCGAAUUCAAUCGCUAUUGUUUAAAUUUCAAUUUGUUUUUGAUACAAGUAAAUAUACAGUUGCACAAACAAAAAUGUGUCAUGCUAUUGAAACAUAUCCUCAUACUCCACCUGUAUCCAAAUCUUAUCCCGGUAAUCCAACUUCAAAUUCAGAAAUGUGA